CCAAGUCAGUAAAAUCCAUCAUGGCUGGAGUUAAAGCAUUUUUCAAUGUCACAAACAAAUAUUUACAUUUUUCUACACAUACAAAAUCAUCAAACAUAAUUCACAGAUAUAUUUCUUCCACAUCUUCUGUCCCAAGAGAUGUUGACAUCGUUAUUUCUGGUGGUGGCAUGGUUGGAGCUGCCAUGGCAUGUGCUUUAGCUCACAAUGAGAUGUUUGAAAAGAAGAAAAUUAUUUUAUUAGAAGCAGCACCAGACAGAGGAAAAUAUAUAUUACCAGAAAACUAUACAAACAGAACAUGUGCUUUAAGCCCAGCAACAGUUCGUCUUUUAGAAAGUUUUGGAGCCUGGAAUGAAAUAAAGGAAAUGAGAUAUCAGCCGGUUAAAAGAAUGCAGGUUUGGGAUGCGUGUUCAGAUGCCUUAAUCACCUUUAAUAAUGAAGACCUAAAUGAUGAUUUGGCUUAUAUUGUGGAAAAUGACGUCAUAUUAGCAGCCAUUAUGAACAGACUAAAUGCAGCAGGAGACAACGUUGAGAUACAUUACAGUACUUCUGCUACUAGUUAUAAAUUUCCUGGUGAAAUUGAUGAUGAAGGCAAUAAAGAAUCGUGGCUUACAGUCAAUUUAUCAAAUGGACAAUCACUUAGAACAGAUUUAUUGAUUGGAGCUGAUGGGUUUCGAUCAAGUAUUCGAGAAAAAUCAAAUUUUCACACAAUGAAUUUAGACUAUAAACAAAUGGCAGUGGUAGCAACACUUCAUUUAUCUGAGUCAGUAGAAAAUACAGUUGCUUGGCAAAGAUUUCUUAAAACAGGUCCCAUUGCUCUUUUACCGUUAAGUGCUAAUCUCAGUUCCUUAGUCUGGUCAACUACACCAGAAAAUGCCAAGAAUUUAUUAAAUAUACCAGAAGACAGUUUUGUAGAUGCAGUAAAGGACGCUUUUUGGAACGAUAAUGAUAAAGAUCCCCUAACAGGCAGAAUUUUAGAAUCAUUUUCAAGUAUCUUACAAAAUCUCUUACCAGUCAGUGCAGUGUCUAAACAGUUACCACCAACAGUUAUAGGUGUGGAAGAAAAAAGUCGAGCAGCUUUCCCGUUAUCUUUAACACAUUCUUCUAAUUAUGUUAAACCUAGAAUCGCAUUGAUAGGUGAUGCUGCUCACAGAAUUCAUCCCUUAGCUGGUCAGGGGGUCAAUCUAGGAUUUGGAGAUGUUUCCUGUUUAAAUGAAAUAUUAACAAAAGCAGUUGGUCUAGGCAGUGACCCAGGUUCAUUAAAACAUCUGUUAGAAUAUGAAACAAGAAGACAAAGACAUGUGAUACCUGUGAUGGCAACUAUUGAUGGUUUACAGAGAUUAUAUACAACAAAUUUUUCACCUCUAGUUUUAAUUAGAAGUUUAGGAUUACAUACAACCAACUCUUUACAUUUUAUUAAAAAUCGCAUAAUAAGACAGGCGUCAGUGUGACAACAGCUAUUGUUAGAAUAUAUGUGUAAUAUUUGUAUAAAGUAAAAUAAUUUUUGACAAA